GUUGCCUCGCAACGCAUAACCGAUACUUCGGGCUUUCAUAUGACCGUUUUCCUCCUGGUGUUUCCUUUUAGCAACACAUUAUACAACACUUAGUUGGAAGCCUAGACACUACAUCCGAGCAUGCAGUGCAUUUAAUUUUGGAGUGGAGAAAUGAUGUGUCGCUAAACUAGUCGAGCCCAGUAGUCUUCACCUGUUGUCAGUCUUCAGGAAGGCGAGGAGUAGGGUCAGGAGUGGCAGUAUGGAGCAGCUCAGGGCAGAGUUUGAGAAAGUUGUAGCAGAACUCAAGUGGGAAGAAGUUGUUUCCACUCUCCUGGAGGUGGUCAGCGGCAUGGUGUGUACCACAGCAAGCUGUCCACCUCCGGUGCCUUCUUGGCUCAGGUUUGACACGCACUGUCAGUUGGUAAAUGGUCACAGCAGAGGCUACGGUGGUUGCAUACCAUCCAGUUCAGCUUUUGUGCAGCCAGGUCAGAUGAUGGCAGGACCGCAGUUAAAUCCAUAUGGCAUGCAGUCAUUUGACAUCAAAAGUCAGGCAGGUGCCCCCCAGAAUAUUUCAGUGCCUGGACGGACGCUGCAAGAAGGAUUUAAUUGGGGUCCUCCUGGAAUGCUGAACGGAGGGGACAUGUUUCAGAUGGCUGGGCCUGCUGUCUAUGCUGCUCCAAUGACCUCGACUUCCAAGAAUGGAGAGGUAGUCUAUCACAUUGCUGGUCCCCCUGUUUUUGCUGCUCCCCCAAUAACUUCCACAAAAAGAAAACGCAGGCGUCGCCGCGUGCGGGAUGCAGACCAGCCUUACGUCAAGAAGCCACCCAAUGCCUUCAUGUGUUUUCUAAAGGAGCAGAGACAGCAUGUGAAGGCACAGAUGAAUUUAAAAGACAGUGCAUCCGUCAACACUGUCCUAGGACACAUGUGGAAGUUGCUGAAUGAUGAAGGGCAAGCUAAAUAUUACAAGAUUGCUGAUGCGGAGAAAAAACUCCAUUCCCAAAUGUAUCCUGAAUGGUCGAGCAGUGACAACUAUGGCAACAGGAGAAGAAAGCGCAGCAUCACAACAACCACCAAUAGUGCCGAGCUAGAGUCUCCAGAUGAAACUCCAACCCCAACCCCAACCCCCACACCAACUCCAACUCCAGAUCCAGAUCCACAAACCAGUGAUGAAUCUGCAAAAAUACGUAUUGCAGACAAAGUCUUGCAUAUGUUGGGGUGUGCCUAGCCCACUUAAGCCCAAUAGCUUCUUGCAGACGCUGCGGGCAGCCAUCCUCACUGUGUCCACAAGAGCUGGACAUUUAAUUCAGACUAUGUAAAUAUAGUACUGCGAUUGGCUGGCAACCAGUUCAGCGUGUGACCUGUCUCCUGCCCAUAGUUAGCCGGAAUAGGUUCUAACACCCUCAAAGACCUCGUGAGGAUAAGCAGUACAGUAGAUGAAUGAAUGGAUAGAUAUAGUACAUUUAAGUGGGGAAAAAAAUCAAAUAUGUUUUAAUAUUUUACUUAGUUUUUAAUUAGACACCAAUUUUAACAGUGUAUUCAAUCCAAACCCUCUGGAUUUUCACAUGUAUACCCAAAAGUAUAUGUUAAAGAAAGAUGUUCCAAAGAAAACUGCUACCUAUUUUACGCACACACCCCAAAAACGAGACAGCUUUAAAAGCAAUGUAUCCCUGUGGGAUGCCUGAUAUUCACAAAGUGAAUUAAAUUAUUGAAUCAAAAACAGGCUCAACAUUAGCAAGCUGGUCAAGCUGAUGCGGGUCUUAGUGUCUUUGCGACAUUUGCAUCUUUACAAUGUUCAUGUGAAACAGUAAUGAGUAGCUAAUAGGAUGUUCGACAAUUGUUCACCUUGAACCACUGUGUACCCCAGAUGACAAUGACUUAAAAAGUAAGAACAAUGAACAAAUAGCUGAAUAAAAUUUUCUGGAAAAUGAACUUUGCUCAUAUUUUAUAUUUGGGCUGGAUCAAAAUAAAGAAAAAGAUAUUUGUUGGUCUCCAAUGGCAUUGACAUCAACCUCAGAAUUCACAUGCCUUCUAAUAAGUACAGACACCAUGUUUGACUGGUGAACACACAAGAAGAUAUGGGUUUAAAAUCAAGGCUCUGGACUUAAGGAAUUUGCUUGUUCACAAAGUGCCUCAUUGUUUCUUGUCUUGUUUUCACCACGAUCUGUAUAGUUAGUAGGUAAUUGUUUCAUAUAGGGUUGUGUGUGUCCUCCUCCAAAAAAUAAAAACACUGAAUUGGAGUUUUGCAGGCUGAAUGAAUGAAUGAAUGAAUGAAUGAAUGAAUGAAUUUAUUGUCAUUGUCAUCAUCAUCAGUAUCAUCGACAGUUACAGAGUGUGGGAUAGUUUGGCCAGAAAGGUGAAACAUUGACACAGAAUAUGGAAUAAUUUGCCCGCAAAAAAGACUAUGACAGACAAAGGAAUACUGAAUACUGUGAUUGUGAUUUGAUUUGCGAUUUUCAGCUGUCAUACUUUUAAAUGCAUAAAACCAGAAUUACAAAAUAAUUAAUUACCUACACAACGUCUUGCAUAAAUUAUACUGACAAACAUGAGAAUGUGAAGUGUCACAGCUGGCACCUACUAGUCCUUCUCAAAAAAUAAGCAUUCAAUUCAAUUUUAUUUGUAUAGCCCUUGAUCACAACAACGUUGUCUCAAAGGGCUUUGCAGAGGCAAUAUGAUAACACAAUCAGAAACAGCAUAUGAAGCAACAAAGAUGAAUACAUAAAUUCAAGCAUAUUGUAAUAAAGGUCAUUAUUUUCUGUAAUGUACUGAUAAACAUUAGACUUUCAUAUAUUUUAGAUUCAUUACACACAACUGAAGUAGUUAAAGCCUUUUAUUGUUUUAAUAUUGAUGAAUUUGGCAAAAAAGUCCAGAAGAACCAAAAAUCCCUAUCUUAAAAAAUUAGAAUAUUUCAUCCGACCAAUACAAAAAAGUUUUUUAAUACAAAAAAAAAAAAGUCAUCCUUCAAUUAUAUCAGCUAUGCACUCAAUACUUGGUCGGGAAUCCUUUUGCAGAAAUGACUGCUUGGUUGCUGUUGAAUAGGGUUGCACGUCUUACUAAAUGCGCUACUGCCCUCCAGUGGCCAGUUUUAUUGCUUUAAAAUGGGUUUUGAGCUUUGUGCAUUCUAUCUGAGAUACAUGGGAACCUUAAAGAGCAUACGACAGGAGAAAAAAAGUCUUAAAUAGCAUUAUUAUGUGAAUUAGAAUCAUAUUUUGAGACGAUUCGACUAUAUACAACAAUUUAGCAAAGCGCAGAUGACGAGAAAUUAGGCUUUUAAUCUACCGGUUAGCCACGCCUACCAUUAUAGGGCUCUAGCGUCCCCAACAGGUGGAUGACGUCAGCGGGUGACUGGGCUCAUCGGUUUUACUAUUCAGCCCAUUGAGGGGGAAUUACUCAGAACGAGGAAAACGCGACGACGAGAGCCGCAAAAUGUCAUUGUUUCAGUCUCUCUAAGAUUUUUACAGGAUAUUCUUUUUGUCCAAGUAUUUUUCCCAAUUGCUAAAUAAAUGGCAUGGUCAUGACAAACAACAGUCUUGUGCUAAAUGGAAUAAGAAAUAAUAGUGUGGCGUGGCUCAGUGGUAGAGUAGUUGUCCCCCAACCCAGAGGUUGUGGGAUCGAUUCUCCGCACUGAUGAACUCGUUUGAGCAAGAUACUGAACCCCACGCUGCGUCACCAGUCGGUGGAUGGCGAGAUAGUGUAAAGUGCUUUGAGCGCCUUGAAAGGUGGAAAGGCGCUAUAUAAGUAUAACACCAUUUACCAUAAUAAAAAUGCACUUAUUCAGGACGACAUGGCAAAACUACUCCAUAAUGGUCAAAACUGUCGACUUCGCCUUUACUUUCGCACUUCCCGAACGAUAUUUUAUGACACCUAAAUCGGACAUGUGUCAUUUCCCUUCCCCGGCUUCGGAGAAUGUAAACAAACCAAUAGGCGUGACAGCUAGCCGACAUGCUAACCCGAACCGAGUGAUGUUUCAAAGUCUUCGAAGCGGAAAAUAACACAUAACUAGCCCGGAUUAUUUGACAUGACGACUGGGUUGUCGGUUGUCUUUGCGGAUCGGCAAACCUUCCGGCGGAGAGAAAUUUACAGUUCGUUCCCCGGAGGCGGGCGGCUGCAGUUGUUGUGCAGCUAACGUUCAGCUAAUGUGCAUGAGGAGAGCUUUUUAUAUGCCUAUCAAUGAUCAAACGUAAGUAGUCCUUUAUUUAAAGAAAGUUUGUAAUCGCUGUAUUCGUAUUUGACAUAAUACAAAACAAGAUGUUUACUCACUUCCUCGUAAGUCCAAUGGUCCCACAGUAGUAGGGCUUGUUUCGGCCAAUAUCCACGGUGAAUGGGAACCUUUUGAAACUCCAAAAAGGCGCACACGCCUCUCCCUCAUAAAGCAAGAUUUUUCUGCAGCCGUUUGGCUGGCAUGAUGCGAAAAAUAAACAUAUUAAUCCGCAAAAUCAGCUGAAUCCUUAGUCCUCAUGCAUAACAGUAC